CGCAUGCACACCGGUGGAAUCUAAGACACAGCAAUAAAAAAAAAUUUAAAAAAACUUCACCAGUGUAGAUUUAGACUAAACAAUAAGACAGUUUCAACCCUGUCCACUCGUCAACCUGAGCAAUACAAUUACUGUAUCAUCGCUGCUUCCUCUGCUGGCGGAGGAACGGGGGGCGCUUCAUAUUCUUGACUGACAUAGAAUAAGACUGAACUGUAGUAUCUUUUUCAAUCCAUUGCAGACCUUGUGUUGACCAUUCUACUUAUUCCAUCAGUUCAACAGAAAAUGGCAAAAGAGUCGACUUCCUGGAGUACUGGUCUCUGUGACUGUGCCUAUGACCUCACACACUGCUGCUAUGGCUGCUGGUGCUGCUGUUGCCUGGCCUGCAACGUUUCUAAAAAGUUCGAUAACGAUUGUUGUCUCCCAAUGUGUGACAUUUGCAUACCUGCCGUCCUUGCUGCCUUUUCAAUCCCUCUGAUUGCACCUCCUGCAGGCUUGUCCCUAAGGGUAGCCAUUCGACAGCGAUAUGGCAUCAAGGGUCAUUUACGUGACGACAUUGCGACUUCCUGUCUCUGUAUGUGGUGCUCCUGGUGUCAGAUGGACCGUGAGUUAAAAAUUCAAGAAGGAAAGAAAACUGAGGUCGUGAACUGGACCCCGGUGGCAGUGAAUGUAGUCUCUCAAAGUCCACCUCGAGAGAGCCAGCUGGGCCCAUCAGCUGUUGUACUGGGCUUAUGAUGUCAUAGAGAAACUAAACGACUAAUGAUAAUAAUUUUAACAGGACUCUUCUGUGGCAGAAAACUACCUUAAAUUUUAAACUGUGAGGUUCAUGAUUAUUAUUGGGUCUACUGGGUGUAAAUGUGUACAAAGACUGUAGAAUUCAAGAAUUAAAAAUGUUCAAAUCAAUUAAAUCCAUCUGGAUAUUACCUCUAUCUCCACUUUGUCAUUACACUGCAUAUGCAUUACCAAAAUGGUUGAUAUUGAAUAAUCUAUAAAUAAAUUUGAUCUUAAAAACGCUGACAGACUUUUGUGGGUGAACUUCACGACAUUAAUAUAUUUUUUGAAUUUUUUUGUAUGUUUUGGUUGUUCAGUUGCUGUUGAAACUAGGACGUCAUUUUUAAACAAAAUAUUCCGUCCAAUCUGUUGUCUAAGUGCAAAUGCUUGACUUAACUUUGUGCCUUGUCCAGAGACACUAUCGCCCCCCCCCAGAAAUAUACUUUUACUAUUAA